CGAAGUUACGUGUUUGAAAACCCGACCCUCAUUUCUUAGAUCUCACUCUUAUUCACUCCUUUAUAUCUAUCAAGAGAGAGACUGUCCAUUCCCUUGGUCUUACGCUCUUUAAACAAUGAGAUUUUCAACAGCAGUUCUUGUGUCGAUUUUCACGGCCAUCACUGCUUCUGCAAGUUGUUCUUAUGAAGGUGGAAACUACUUCUGUAGCAACGUCGACGCCAUUACCUAUGAGAAUGUCGGAUAUUCUGGUACAUACAAGGAUUUCAAAGAAGAAGAGAGAUUUGGUUGAAGAGGACUGUUCAACCACAAAGCAUAUUCACCAUGCCCACAAGAGAGAACCAGCCACCCAGAUUGUUGCAGUCACCGAGACUGUCUAUGUCAAUGCUGAUGGUGAAGUCGUUACUCAGAACACUCAGGCCACAUCUCAGCAAACUACCACAACAACACCAACACUGCCACUACUGCUUCUCCAACAACCACUGGCACCACUUCUACUUCUUCCACUUCUUCCACUAGUGCUACUGCCACUUCCACCGCUGGUACCGACUCAGCUUGGGUCAGAUCCUCCUACUACACUCCUGGUAGUACCGACAACUGUGUUUUCUUGAACACUCUUGGUGGUUCCUCCUCAGGUGUCUUCUCCACAUGUUUCGGUAACUCUUUAUCUUAUUGUUCCGCUGACGGUUCAAGUGCAGCUUCUUCCGCACAAGCAUUGAAUGAUGUUUUGCUUACUUC